AUGGAACAACAAUAUAAUAAUAACAAUGAAAAUAAUGAUAAUCAUUAUGAAGAUUUGUUUAAUCAUUUAAAUUUCUUAAAACAAACCUCUAUAAAUAAUAUGUUUGAAUCAUUGUUGGGUAAUACCAAUCCAAUCGAACAAAACACUGUUUUUCCUGAUCAAAUAUUACCAUUUGAUAUCCAACAUGAUAUGAUGAUGGAUGAUCUCCAUUCAGUGGAGAAUAUGGACUCUAUUAGAAUGGAAAGACUUUUAUUACAAGACGAGUUGGAGUGUAUGCAAACAAACACUCAAUCAAUGUACUCUUGUGAUUACUCCUCCGAUGAAUCAUCGGAUCCAAUGUCUGAUUUUGAAACAAGCUCAGUAGAAUGGAAGCUGAAUGAAGUCAAAGUGAUAUCAUCUCUACAAUCAAUUGAAUUCCCAAUCUCUAUAGCAUCAUCCCCAUUACCAUCAACAUCAACCACUACCACCACAACCACAACAUCAACUUCAAACCCCAAUCCAAUUUUUUAUAAUAACAACUACAACCACAAUUACAAUAACAACGCCAACAAUAUCAAUUAUAAUAAUUUCAAUUUACAACCAAAACAAACAAAUUCAACCCCAUCUUCAACCAACACCUCACCCACUUCCACUUUAAGAGUUGCAAGAACACCAAUCGCUCAGAGUAUCCCAUCACCAAGAAUAUCAGCUUCUCUCACCACCUCUAAUGGUGCCGGUCCAGUAAAGAGAAGUGAAAAAUCAUUGAAAAAGAUAUGUGAUAUUCUGUUGGAUGAAUUUAGAGAUUGCAGUAGAAUGAAGAUGGAUCUCGAGACACUCAAAACAAAAUUAAAAGUCAAUAAACGUAGAUUCUAUGAAAUUUUGAACGUCAUGGAAUGCCUUGGUGUCGUUACCAAAGAAGAAAGAGAUACAUUCUUCUGGAAUGGUCUUCAACAUAUUCGUCCAAAUAUUAUCUCAAUCUAUGUGAACAGUUCAGCGGAAUUGAAUCACAGUACCAAUGGUUUUUCAACAUCAGAUGCUUCAAGUGAAACAUCCGAGCCUUCUAUCAAAUCGAUUUCUAAUCUCUGUCACCUAUUUAUUAAAUUGUUUUUCUCAAGACACCAAGUUUCCAUCGCUGAUGCCAAAGAAAUCUAUAACUUGGAAUCUAUGCCAGCCAAAUGUAAAAGACUCUACGAUAUAGCAAAUAUUUUGGACAGUCUUGGUAUUAUUGGAAAAGUUCCAAAGACUGGUUCAAAGCAAUACUAUCAAUGGUUAGGUCCUCCAACUAUUGAGGAAAUUUUAACUUCUACAUUGUAA